AUGGCUACGGAUUACAAAUUCGAGGGCUGGCUCGGUCACUCUCCCGAUGCGGUCAACGGAAAGAUGGAAUGGGGACAGUUCGAGCCCAAGAAGUGGCAGGAGGAUGACGUCGAUAUCAAGAUCACUCACUGUGGUAUCUGUGGCUCGGACCUGCACACACUCAGAUCCGGGUGGGGCGAAACUCCUUAUCCAUGCUGCGUCGGCCACGAGAUUGUUGGCAUUGCCGUGCGAGUAGGCCGCAACGUUAAGCACAUUAGUGUUGGAGAUCGCGUUGGAGUCGGCGCACAAGCUCGGAGUUGUUUGAAGCCUGACUGCCCAGACUGUUCCAGUGGACUGGAGAAUCACUGCGCUCGCGAGAAUGUCAAUACCUACGGCUCGAUCUAUCCACACGGCGAGGGCAAAUCCUAUGGUGGCUAUGCCACCUAUAAUCGAACGCAUUCGCGGUUCGUCUUCAAGAUCCCCGAGAGCCUGUCGUCCGAAGCAGCUGCGCCUAUGCUGUGUGGAGGUGUCACAGUCUUCUCACCUCUACGUCAGAACGGGUGCGGUCCGGGUAAAACUGUUGGUAUCGUUGGCGUGGGCGGCCUCGGCCAUUUUGGUGUCCUGUUCGCCAAGGCUCUCGGUGCCGAUAAGGUCGUGGGAAUCUCGCGCAAGGCUUCGAAGAAGGACGAGGUCCUGAAUCUGGGAGCAGAUUCUUAUAUUGCGACCGACGAUGACCACCAGUGGAACAUAAAGCACGCCCGCUCGCUGGAUCUGAUUGUCUGCACUGUUUCAAGCGAGAAAAUGCCACUGUCGGGGUAUCUGUCCUUGCUUAAGGUUGGAGGUACCUUCAUUCAAGUCGGUGCACCUGAUGGUGGAAACCUGCCACCUGUCAAUGCUUUCACUUUGAUAGCCAACGGAAUCAAGAUCGGAGGCAGCGCAAUUGGAUCACCUGCCAUGAUCCAGGAAAUGUUGGACUUCUCGGCCGAAAAGCAGAUAAAGCCAUGGAUCCAGACGAGGUCAAUGAAAGACGCCAAUCAAGCUGUCGUCGACAUGACAGCAGGGAAAGCGAGAUAUCGGAUGCUGUUUCCAGCGAUUGUCCUGCGAGUUCUCGUCCAACUGGCGGCCUUCGGCUUCGUCUCAGGCGCGGGUCUUCCACUUCAGCCAGUGCUCGUCACAACAAUUCCGGAAACUCCGUCCCUCGAAAAUCUUGCAGUCCAACGCAAUGGCAGGCUACUUGUGACAUCCACUCACUCAUCCUCGCUCUUCCUGGUCUCUCCCAACGAGAACUGGACCUCCUCCGUCGUUAUUCACCAAUUCGCAAACCUGACUGCUCUACUGGGCAUCACUGAGCUCGAGCAAGAUGUCUUCUACGUCACAGGUGCAGUGACGCUGACAGCUUCAAACCCCUAUAAUGAGAUCUGGAAGGUCGACAUGCGUUCAAUGCGGGUCACAUCCAAUGGCGAAGUGGUCGAACCAGCUACCGUUUCACUCGUGGUGGCUGCCAACUCGGGUAUCUUGUUCAACGGCAUGACACGACUUGCUUUAGACGACAUGCGUCACAUCUUGGUGGCUGACUCAAUCAACGGCACUGUUACUCGAAUCGACGUCACUUCUGGCGAGGCGAUCAUUGUUAUCGACGACCCCAAGCUCAGCAAUUCGAACGAGACCAAUCUUGCCGUAGCUGUCAACGGUAUUCACACUCAUGGCGACAAGCUUUUCUUCACGAAUUUGAAUCAGGGGAUUCUUGGACGCGUACCUAUCUCAACAAGCACGGGACAGCAGACUGGUUCUAUAGACGUCUUGGCCACAGACCUGUUCGUGGCUGAUGACUUCACUCUUUCCGCCGACGCCAAGAAGGCUUGGGUCACCAUGAACGGAGCCUAUAAUCUCAUUGAAGUUGAUGUGUUGGCAAGGACUAAAUGGCGUCCUAAUUCAAACUUUAUUCCGCCGUGCGUCGAGUCUGCGAAGGCGCUCUUUCUCACGGGAGCAACGCUGUAUCUAACGGCGCGCAAUCUGGCCAAGGCCAAGGAAGCCUUGGGAGCCCUCACAAGUAGCGACCGUGUUCAUCUUCUUCAACUGGAUCUCAACUCAUUCCAAAGUGUACGCUCUUGUACUGCCACUUUUUUGUCGGAGUGCCAGUCUCUAAACAUACUGAUCUGCAACGCGGGCGUUAUGACGCCACCCGAGGGUCGCACCGAGGACGGGUUCGAGACACAGUUCGGGACAAACCAUCUUGCACACUUCCUCUUAUUCAACCUCCUGCAGCCGGCUCUACUCGCAGGCUCAACGCCAGAGCUGGCAUCGCGUGUCGUUAUAUUAAGCUCCGUUGGACAUCGUUUCGGCGAAGUGCCGUUCGAUAAUGUCAACUUCGACGGCAACUAUGAUGCCAUGGCAGCUUAUGCCUCAAGCAAGACGGCUAAUCUAUGGACUGCAAAUGAGAUCGAACGACGAUACGGUGCUCGCGGCAUUCAUGCAUGGAGCGUUCAGCCUGGAGCUGUCCUUACCGAUCUGAUGCGACAUAUGUCCAGCGACCAACAGGAUGGACUAACGAAAGACGCGUACUUAGAGAAGGUGUUCAAGACCCCAGCUCAGGGUGCUGCAACAAGUGUGUGGGCUGCUACCGACCCUUCUCUCGAGGGGCGAGGCGGUAAAUAUCUGGAAGACUGCCAGAUCGCUGAGGCAUGGGAUCCAUCCAAGGGUGCUUGGGGUCCUGGAUAUGGCAGUCAUGCUUAUGAUGAGGAGAAAGCUCAGAGACUGUGGUCAAAGUCAUUAGAGUGGACAGGACUCACGUAG